AUGGCCUUGGCAUGCAAGGCCAUCGACAAUGUCCGUGCCAACGGCGUCGUUGUGACCGAAGAUGAGGGUUGUGGCUCGUCCCUGCUUGCCAUGGCGGGGGACAAGCACCGGGAUCAGCCCAUGCAUGCAAACGCUGAGCCAAGUGCGAAGCGUAGACGCACAGACGCGGCGGAGACGUCGUUUGACAGCACCAAGAAAAAACAGGCAGCGAAUCAGCUUCCUGGCACGAGCGGAUCUCGAGCCUGGAUUUGCCUGGGGCGGCUGAAGAUUUGCACUGGGGCCUCCGAAGAUGUCGCAGAAGCAAUCAACUGGCACAUCCUCCUCAUCAGAGUAAAGCAGCUGUUUAAUGAGCUCUCAGCUCGCGGACAGCCCUUCAUGUCUGCGGUGCGCCGUGCUGUGGCUGCAGCCCUCGCAGAACGAGACGCUGAGGGUGGUGGGACAGAUCCGCGGCUGCGAUUCAUCACCGAGUGCUCCGCUGAGGGCGACCAGGU